CGCGACGAAACGAUAGCCGCGGUGGUUACGCGCGCGAGCGGGAGAGAAAGACGGAAGGAGACCAACGGUGGAAGAGGAACACGAGCCGAAGGAGGGGGGGAUGUGUGCGUGGGAGGAGUAAGAGAUCCCGGAGGGCGACUUUUCUUUUAUUUGAGCUUGACACUUCGCCGUGAACGCGCGCACACACCGGAAGUACGGAGCCCGUACCGUCGGUCUUCCUCUUUUCCUCCGACGCAUUCGCGCGCGCCUCGUUCGCGAUACGAAAUCGGGAGCACCAGCGAACCGAGAGAAACUCGACCAGCGAGCGGUCUUGGACGCCGUGGAGGGUGCAAGGACGACGGACAGAAUGCCGCGACACCUGAGACCGAGCACGUUGCGCAAGGGUGCCGCAACGUUCGUUUCGGUGAUCGGUAGAGGAUAAAUCCCCAGGAAUUCCUCCCGCUGGAUCUGGAACUGUGAUAAUCCGUUGGUGGGAUGACGUGGUACGUACGCGACGAUCGACAGCGGAUCGAGGAGUCCCGCAAAAAUGUUUAAUACCGACUGCGAAUCGGUGCAACGUCCGCGACUACAGUGUCAGUGAAGUACGAGGACUCGGGAGAAGCUUCCGGGGAACGGAGUAGAAGUUCCCGCAGUAUUCCAACAGUAUUCAUUUCUCCAAAGACGGGAACACGCGUACACCAAAGACGCUCCACGAAGUGCAACCAAUCCUAGGAAACGACCACCUUAAUCGGCCGCCGGCGUUCGAGCGUUCCGAAUUCUAGAACGUAUUCUGAACGUUGCAAGGUUUACCGCACAGUGACUAUCGGUGAACCCAUCGAUGGUACGUACACGACAGACCGAUAGCCUGUGAAACGUCUCGUGCAGAAGUACCGAGUGAACAGGUGCUUAGACGACAGAGAAGAAAAGGAAACAAAGGCCAAGGAACGGGUUGAAAUUCUACGACGGUCAAAGAGCACGUGCCUAGAGGCUACCAACGGUACGUACUCGAUAGUUUCGACCGCUAGCAUUCGAGGUACAUCGGACACGAGGUACUCGGAACGGCAGAGAGGAGAACCGCCGCGAAAGGAGGCGAAGAGAUACGACGGUCAAAGAGCACGCGCCAAUCCUAGCUAAUUCAACCUAAACGGUACGUAUCCGAUAGUUCUGAUAACCAGUGCGUAGCGACCGAGUGCCAAGCGGAGAGCCGCGUACUGUGGGAGCAGAGAAGAAGAGGAACGCCUUGGAACGGGGUGAGAAGCUGCGACGGUCGACGAACCGUUCGAUCGUCAUCGAGGAUAUUGUGUCCUGGGGUAGUGUUUCGGAGCGACCCCUCGAAGCGACGAAACUGGAAGCUCUCGAAUCGUACGGAACGUCAAAGCAGAAGCGCCGGUGCCCGGGGCGAAGAGGAGUCCUCGACGCGUGCCAGGCUGCUGAUCACAGGCACCGCGCCGGAGACGAGAAGAGUAGGAGAGGGAUUCGAAAAAAAAGCAUACAGAAACAGAGAGAAAGAAAGUGAGACGCGGCAUCGUCUCUCGACCGAGGGGUCCUUCCGUUCGGGUGCUAGGGGUGUGCAGCCCUGGACGAGGGGUCGCACUCGACUCUUUUAAAGUGGGCAAACCGCGCAAAGAAUAAGAGACGUCCUCGGGGCGAUGACAGGAUGCCUCCUUCUCGAUCAGGACGUGUCUACGAAGGACCACCGUCUAGGAUCACCACACGAAUCGGGCCCACCAUCGCCCUGUUGCUGAUUCUCCUCGAGAAUCGUCGCGCGACCUGCUUAAUGAGCAACUCUGUGGACGAUUGGGCGAGCGGGAAUGCCGUGGUCUGCAAGGGCAUCAUUCCAGGCCUGUCGAAGGAGCAACGCGAGCUAUGCCACAGAAAUCCAGACGUGACGGUGGCCGCGAUCAAGGGCUUGCAAAUGGCUAUAUCGGAGUGUCAGCAUCAGUUCACGUGGCACAGGUGGAACUGUUCGUCCCUAACGCCCAGCAGUAGAACGGAGCAGAGCAGUGUUCUUCUUCAAAGAGGUUACCGAGAGACUGCGUUCGCGUUCGCGAUUUCGGCGGCAGGGGUGGCGCACAGCGUGGCCCGCGCGUGCAGCAUGGGCCGGCUGCUCUCCUGCGGAUGCGACCCGUCGAGCUACAAGGGUAAGCCGCCUGCCAAGGCCAGGGGCACCCAAUGGAAGUGGGGCGGCUGCUCUCACAACCUCGACUACGGCAUGGAGUUCUCGAGACAGUUCCUAGACACGCGCGAGAGGGCCGGGGACAUACAGUCGACGGUCAAUCUCCACAACAAUCAAGCUGGCCGCUUGGCGGUGGCGAGCAACAUGCAAGUGCGCUGCAAGUGCCACGGUAUGUCGGGUUCCUGCGAGCUCAAGACCUGCUGGAAAGUGGCACCCGACUUCCGAAUAGUCGGGAAGACGCUGAAGGAUCGCUUCAGGAACGCGGUGUUGGUCGCGCAGAGCAACCUGGGCAGCGUGACCCCGUUGACCAGAGUCAGGGGAUCGCGAAGAAGAAGGCCGGACCGUCACAGGCAGAGGAAGCAUCGCGGCGGCGCCGGAAACGGAAACGCUGGUGGCGGACGCAAGAGGAGGCCUCGAGAUCUAGCCAAGCAGCUGUUCUACUACCAAAAGUCGCCCAACUUUUGCGAGAGGGACCCGGCUGCCGACAUCCCCGGCACGGCCGGUCGUAAGUGCAACAAGACCAGCUCCGGUGGCGACGGAUGCGGCAGCCUCUGCUGCGGCAGAGGGUACAACGUAAUAAGACAACGACGGGUCGAGAGGUGUAAAUGCAAGUUUCAUUGGUGUUGCUUCGUGCAGUGCCAGAACUGCACGGUGGAAGAGUGGAUCACUGUUUGCAAGUGAACGGAACGCUGGAUAAUCGUUUCACCGCGGUUUCCCUCUCGCGAACGAUCGAGUUCUUCGGCGCGCGACAAACGGGCGCAAGGAAGCGUGGGGUGCGAAGAUUCCGACGGUCGCGAGCGCGACGGUACGCGAAUCUUUCGAAUCGAAUACGACGCGUGCGUAAUGGUCACGUGUAAUCACGCUCGAUGCACGGAUCAAAUCGAAAUCACGGUGCGAACCGAUGCUACGGAUGCGAUCUGAUUACCAGUUCGGUCGUUACCCCGUCGUUGAGAAUCGCGACAGUUCGAUCGCCCGAGAUGGUGGCUCUUAUGCCACAACAACAAAUGUUCAACGAUAGGAUCGAACGAUUUGCUGAAUUUUUAUUUUUAUAGGUUUGAAUGUCUUUUAUAAGCCAAGCGAAUGGUUCGACGCUUUCGACCCUUUCUUUCCGAAUUCUCUUAAGAAAUUAGUUGCUCGAGUAAUGUGGGGGGGUAACCUGACUUGCUGAGCACAAUUAAUUCAACGUUUAAUUCUAAAAAUCUCCCAAACCGUGCCGUGAGCUUCAAAAGGUUAAGAACCACUGGCCUAAGAGGACGAUGCUCGUCGACUAGGACAAAAUUAGUCGACAAACGGAUCUGCGCUUUACGAACGCUGUAUAGCUUCCGAGAUCGAUCGUACUGCGGUUGAGCAGAAUUCACAAUGAAUAAUCGGUAAUCGCGAUUAUUAACGAAUAAUCGAGUACGAUUAGCGUUGAGAGAUUGCGAAAUCACCGAUGUACAGCUGCAUAUGUACUUCGCGAUUGCUGAUAAACUCGCGAGUGAUUAUUGUAAAUGCAAUUAUUGCUCGGCUCUGGUACCUUAAUUGUAAAACACUCGACGACGACCUGACAAGUAAAUCCGCAUCCGGAUUCGGUGAUCGUACUUUAAUCGACGCUUAAUAAACACGCGAGACGCGUCGCCCUGACAUUGGGAGCUGGACUGGAGCACUUUGUGCUAACGACGCAACGGACGUAACUGUUCAUGAACCGCGCGAGUAAUAUAAUUUAAUCGGUAGCUUAAGCGAGCCUAUAAUUUAUUUAUAACGUUGCUCUAUUUAAUUAGUAGAUAAUUUUAAUAUCCACACCAACUGUAACACCUCCGCCACAGUAUUAUUAGACGAAGCAAUGCGCGUGUGUCUUAAGAUUGCGAAUGGAUGCGAUUGUAUACAGCUCGA